AUGCUUGGCCCAGCCGAGAGCGGACUUUUGCGCCUUGUCGAUGAACUCCUCCUUAACAUCAUCGAUCACAUCAACAGCCAGGAUGCCCUGUGCAGCCUUGCCGCGACAUGCACACGGUUUCAAGGUCUCGUCGAACCUUACAUCUGGCGAAAAUUAGAGGUUUUGACGGGGGAUCAUGCACGCAGUAUUGCUGCAGCACUUAACAGCCGGGAUGACCGGACAGACUAUAUCCAAGAUCUGGCUAUUCGAUAUAGCGAUCAAUACCGCGAUGGCAUAGAGGAACUGAACCACUUCCUGAGCUUGAUGGGUAAACUGCGCCACCUGCAUGUUGAAAGCCCUUGUCCAAACAAUGUGGAAUGGCAACAUAGCGGCAUCUACUUUGAUGGCUACUCACGGAUUGAUUACACCAACUUACUAGCAGGAUCAGUGUAUCCGCGUUCAGGCAUGCCGAUGACAUUGCCGAUGCUGCAGUCGCUAACGCUACACGCUCAUGGUUCGGGAGACAACAAGUAUAAACUAGGCCGCGCUGUUGCUAUGUUCAAACACCCGACUUUACGAAAUAUCACACUGUCGUGUUUGGACUUCGAUGGAGAACUUGAGUCAUCCGAUUCUGAAUUGAAGACGACGCCUCUCCAGUCUCUAACGCUUAUCGAAUGCAAUGUCAGCGUACAAUUCCUAGAAAACGUCUUGAGCCUACCAAAAGCUCUGAAGGAGUUGUCAAUUGGAGAGCGACUGCACGUGUUUCCGGAAUGCAAGCCAUCCAUGGAUCCUCAAUACCGCACCUCUUCACGUCAAUUUCUUGUUGCACUGAAGAAACAAGCACAUUCGCUGCAGCGCCUGACACACUGUGGUGGUCAUGUUGGCUAUCUAACUCCGCGUGACACCGACCCCGAAGGUGCCGAAAAGCUCCGUUCCCUCGUCGACCUAGAGCACCUCGAGCUAGGCUUUGAAUCGCACCUUUACUACUACCUAAGACAAAGCGGCUUUCCGCCGGCCCUAAAGUCUCUCAAGAUGCUCGACUCUGCCAUAUCAAUAAACUCAGGUCACGACCUACGCUCGCUAUCCGACAUCGCCUUCCGCUCUCUCACCUCGCUCGUAGAUGUCUGUCUCCCACGAACACUGGCAGAUGACUUCACACUACACCUCAAGUUCUCGGAUCACUCGUUCUUCCGGCUCUUCGAGAUUGUCGACGCAACAGAACAAGCCCACCUCCUAAGUGCCCUCUUCUUCGACCGCGCUGCCACCUACAAGAUUGCUUCGAUCCUCAAGUCCUACAGCACCAACGCUCACUUCCUCGUUUCGCGAGAAACCUUCCCAUCGGGGAAAUCUUUCAUCCCGCCUUACAUGCACGGCGAAGACCUUCCUGUCGAAGAGCUCAUGUACACCAGUGAUGAUUUCUGGCGCUUCAACGGCAUCAACUACCGUAUCAUGGAUGACGAAAAUUGGAGAGAUGAGCUCAAGAAGGGGAAGAAGCUGGCUGUUUGCAAGAGGUGUCGGAAGCUUCGCAAUCGCAUCUACGACGCCAUUAUUGCCGACAAAGAGCUUGGAAAAGUCAACCUACGCUAUCUUCCCCACCGCCAGUCAAAAGACUCCAAGGACUCUCUGACGGACCGCUAUCCUGGUCGCCAGUACCUCGGCCUUACGCAGGCAAACCGCACGCUUCGUGUCGAGUUCUUGCCACUCUACAUGAUAGCUCGCCGGCCUGUCAUUCAACUGGCCGACCUACCUAAAUAUCUCGAGGUCUUUCCCCUGCCUGAUUCGGCUCUCACUAUCUCUAUAACUACUGUACUGAGAGAACUGCGCUGCAUGAAAUACACAAAGGCUCCCGGUAUCGAUCUUCUUCCUCUUCUACGUGCGGAUUGGAAAAGCUCUCCCUUCCUCCCUACAUUCUAUCACCCAUGGGGCUCGUUUGGUGCAGAUGAGACAGAGAUCGAAUUCCUUCUUUUGCUUCUAGAGGAGUCUUAUGAUGAGCUUGUUUUCUACGACGAAUUGUGGGAGAAUGCCAUCACUGCGUUGUACUUCAACAGAUGUCCUAGCAGUGUCCACCCCGAGGGAAUGGAGGAAUAUGUCACGUUAUGCCUGAGCGCUGAAGUGAACGUCGGAGCUAGCGACGACGAAAAGCUUGACAUGUUCCAACACUUUGUUAAUUGUACGAGCAUCCGUUUAGGUCAAGGUUUUGACACUAGGUGUAUCAGUGGAACGCUGAGUAUGGUCGCUGAAGAGAACAAGGUAACCGUCGUUAAGCAUUUGGGGGUCGUUGCAAAGGCUUGA